UAGCAUUAUUAAUCGCUUGAGUAAUUAAUUUUAUUAUUUUUAACUGAACAAAAAUAUCAAAUUGAAUUGUAAAAAAUUUUGAAAAGUUUUUAACCACUGCGCAUUGUUCUGCGCGGAACAAUGAAAUGAGCAAUAAGUGGGGAUGAUAAAUUUUACCGGCUCAUGUUGGUUUUGGUCAGUUUCAUCCAAGACGUUGAUGAGUGUUGGUGGUUGGAUGUUUUACAUAUUAAAUAAUUCACAUAAUUAUUCAUUAUCAGCAGUAAUAUUCAAUAUUGAAUAUUAAAUUCAACUGAUAAGAAUAAUAAUCAUGUGCACUAAAAUGUUUUUUCAUAUUAGUAUUGUAGUGUAAAUUUCUUAGAAGUUUACAAGAAUCAGUGAAUUACACAAAACUAGCGAUUAUAGUUUAUCAAUCUUUUUAUAACACUAUUAAAGUGUUUUAUUUUAAAUGUGAAGAAUAAACAGUAAAGAAUUUUAUCUCAAUUGUGAAUUUAAAAAGAAUAAAAUGUCGAUAUGCCGAGUUUUAGUGAAUAUUUAGUCGACAUAUUUAGUGAUAAUUUUCAAAGUAAUCAUCUAUUUUUAACUAAUCUUCAGUGCUUGAACAGUUCCACUACAGAUUUUUUUUAUCAUCAUUUUAGAGUGUACAGACGAAUCAGUGAACCCAGAAAUAAUGAUGACUUUUUAUGAUCAAUUGAAAUAAAUCCAUAAAUAACUGAAUACUAUGUGGCUUUUGGAUUCUACCGAGUUUGCAACGACAUAAUUUAUCUGCCUAGGCUCAAUGCAAAAUGCAAACAUUGCACUUUUUGAUGGCUAUAAAACUAAAAGCUGAACAAGAUCAAGACUGUCAGCAGAUUUUUUGGUGAAGAGUUAUUGGAAGAGAUGGAUGUUGCAAAUAUAUCAGCUACAUAAUUUUAAUUGUCAAUCAACAUAGGCAUUUCUAUUGACAUCGUCCAAUUGUCAGAAAGAUAGAUAAAAUGUUAUCUAAUAAAGAUAACUUUUGAACAAAUAAGUUAAAAGUGAUCCUUGUAGUUAGCGCAAUAAAUAAUUUGCGUGGUACGAGGUGUGAAUUUUGGGUAAAAGGGAUAUGAGGCAAGUGGUGGUGUUUGAGCCGGCUGGCAGCGUUCUAGUUAUAAGGCAAACAUCUUUAGGUACAAGUAAUGUUACAAAUGCUUCUAACACUGUGAGUAACACUUCGGUAGAAACGAACCAUCACACCCAACACGAAAAUCAUACAAUACCCAACUGUGUAGUAUCCACCGAUCAAAACCAGAAUCGUAUUGUGGUGAUCCGUUCAUCUUCAACAUCUUGCAUGAAUUCUACUAUUGAUAAUGGAAUUCUGUUUAAUAACAAUAAUAAUUUCAAUAAUAAUGGGAAUGUUAUACUCAAUGAUAACAUAAUAAAUUCAAAACCAAGUGAUAUAGGAGUAAAUAUUAAUUCAAUCGAUCAGAGUAAUCAUACUGAAAUUCAAGAUAUUAAGAACAAAAAUGAUGAUAUUAAUUCUGGAAAUAAACAAAAAUUGACAGAAGUAACUCAUGAGAAACAACACCAUAAUUGUGGCUUCCAAAAUAAAUCUGAUGGUGUGAUUGUAGACGGUGAUCCUAUAAAAUUGCCAGAGAACUUGGAGACACUACCACGUGCAGAACACUUCCCAACACAAAGACACAGAUGGAACACCAAUGAGGAAAUUGCUGCAAUUUUAAUCAGUUUUCAAAGACAUGCAGAAUGGCAGAGCCGAGAAGUCAAAGUUCGACCCCGAAGUGGAUCUAUGCUACUUUAUUCCCGAAAAAAAGUUCGUUAUCGACGAGAUGGAUACUGCUGGAAGAAAAGAAAAGACGGAAAAACUACACGUGAGGAUCACAUGAAGCUCAAGGUACAAGGUGUUGAGUGUAUAUAUGGUUGCUAUGUACAUUCUGCGAUAUUACCCACGUUCCAUCGAAGAUGUUAUUGGCUCCUUCAGAAUCCAGAUGUGGUAUUGGUUCAUUACUUGAAUGUUCCAUACCCUGAUGGUGAUGCUAAACUUGCUGCUUUACCACCUUGUCUUGCCUUACCUCCUGAUAAAAAAGAAUGGACAAGAGAUGAGUUGAUGUCUCAGUUGAGACCUAUGUUCCUUGGUAACGAUGAUGACCCGAACCACCCACACCUUUCGCAACACUCAAAUCAUCCUGUUGAUAUGAUCGUGUCGCAAUUAUUAGAUCGACAAAGAUCAUCAACAACCUCAAUAAGUAAUGCUCAAUUAGCACCGAGGAGGCUUACUCCAGAUAAUCAGGUAACUUCAACAACAGGAAGUCAACAAUCUUCAACUACAGCUUCUUCGGUACCUCGUGUAUACUCCAAACAUUCCCACUCAGCUCAAAAUCAACAAUCAGCACCUUUAGUCUUGAGUCUUCAACAAAUACAAGGUGGUGGUGGGCUUUUAAUUUUAAAUAGCCAGCCAUAUUCUCAUCAACAUUCACAACCACAGCAAAACCAACCAAUAGAGAUGCAAUCAGUAAGUGAGCAGACUUUAGUACAACAGUCGAACGUUGAUCAUGAUCAAAAAAUAAAACAAGAUAUUGACACUAAAAACAACAUCAAUCAAUCAACUCAUCAAACACCUUCAGCAUCUAGUAGUAAUACUGGGAUAACUGAUUUUUCGGAAACACUUGAUCUCAGUCAAGAAGAUAUUCAACGAACUUUAUCCGCGAAUAUGGUACCAUCGUCUCCAUCACCAUCACCAGCAGACAAUCAAAUUAUGAAUGCGAUGGAUUUUAUUGAUUCUUCUGAUGAUGUGCUUGUUAAUCUUGAUGCCUUCGAUGUAUUUGGUGAUCUUCCAGAGUUUCAUGAUUUUGACACGGAACACGUUAAGACGGGAACUAGAAAUAACUCGCAAGCCAAUAAUACUUGUUCUACAGGAGCUGCCGUCCAUAUUGCUGAGUACAGUCCCGAAUGGAGUUAUACUGAAGGCGGUGUAAAGGUUUUAAUAGCAGGGCCGUGGACUGGAGAUAAUGGUUCGCAGUCGUAUACUGUUCUUUUUGAUGCUGAACCCGUAGAAGCAAGUCUAGUUCAACCUGGUGUAUUGCGUUGUCGUUGUCCAGCACAUGCACCUGGUAUUGCUUCACUCCAAGUUGCAUGUGAUGGAUUUGUUGUAUCAGAUAGUGUUGCUUUUGAGUAUAGACGAGCACCCUCUUCAGAACUCAAUCCUGAAAAAGCACUUUUAGAUCGUCUUGCAGAUGUCGAGUCUCGAUUACAAGGACCAGGUUCAUCAUCUCCAGCAAUGCAACUUGAGGAACGAUUAGUUACCUAUUGUCAGGAUGCCGUAGUUCGUCCUUGGCAAGUUGGUGCUGAACCACUUCAAUCAAAUGGGCCAACGCUUUUGCAUCUCACUGCUGGUUUAGGAUAUUCGAGAUUAGCUUGUGCACUUCUUCACUGGAGAGCUGAAAAUCCGAGUAGUGUUUUAGAGGCGGAAGUUGAUGCUUUGAAGCAAGAUACUGCAGGUUUAACGCCGUUAGCAUGGGCCUGUGCUGCCGGUCAUUUAGAUACAGCACGUAUACUUUAUCGAUGGAAUGCCAUGGCUUUACAUGUAAGAGAUUGUCAAAAUAGAAAUGCUGUGGAUUUAGCUUCAGAAAAUGGCCACAUGGAUAUAGUUAAAGAGCUGAAUCAAUUGGAAGCUAAACGACAAGACGAACGACUAUUUUUACUUCCGGCAAGUCCUAAUCAGAGACGUCCUUCACAAGACAGUGGCCUUGACUUGACAUUGUGUGAUUCUCCACUUCUGGACAGGAUGAAAUUGUUGCAAGAAGAUGACUCAUCUAUAGAUCAUUGCCAGCAUAGAUUGAAGAAUACUACAGGUUCCUCCCAAUCAUCUGUAGGGGAAGAAGAUGCACGAGUUCUAACUUUGGCUGAACAAAUUAUAGCUGCUCUUCCAGAAAGGAUAAAAAGAGGUGAUAGUGAUUCGUCAUCAUCAUCUUUAUCUUCACGAGCUCCUCCAUUAACACAACUAGACGAUGCUUUUAUGGAUCAGAUGCCUCUCGAUUCUGGUGAAUUAUUCGAUUCAUAUCGUGAAUGCAGUGGAGGUGCAGCAUCAGUAUCUGAUAUUGAUGCUGAAGCAAGUCCAUCAAGUCCAUCAAGUAGUUGUCUAACACCUGAUUCACCUUCACCACACAAUAAUCAGCUUUAUGAAUAUGUCAAUUGCGAAAAAAAUAUUGGAACUGAUUAUGGUGGAUUAACUAAUGGUGAAAAUAUUGAUGGUGGCAGUGAGGCUGAUUUAAGCCGAUUGACACUGUCUGAUCGUGAACAACGUGAAUUAUAUCAUGCUGCUAGGAUGAUUCAAAAAGCAUAUAGGAAUUAUAAGGGUCGUCAACGACAAGAAGAAGCUGAAAGACAUGCAGCAGUUUUAAUUCAACAAUACUACAGACGUCACAAACAAUAUACUUAUUACAGACAAGCCACUAAAGCUGCAUUGGUGAUUCAAAGCAACUAUCGUAGUUACCGUGCUCGUCCCAGUUCCACGAGCACAAGACAGCAAUCUGUUCACCAGCAGGCUGCACAUCAAGCUGCUAAGAAAAUUCAACAAUUUAUGCGGCAAUCUAAAGUCAAGCUACAGAACGCCAGGGCCGCCGGAAACGUGAACGAGAAGCCGCUAGCGGCCACUUCACAGGGGGAUGCUGCCCUCCAAAACUCGCUCUUAUCUAGCCCAGGGGUCAACCAAGUAACAGCCAAUCUAGACGUCUCGUAGUUGAUUACUUACCUAAAUUUAGCCAUAAUCAUACUUCCUUUGAGUUACAUAAAUAAAGUGGAAAUCAAGAUAUAUGUCAACUUGAAACUAAUGCAAUUUUUUUAUAUUUAAAAUGUUUAUUAAUGCGGCCGUCCUUUUUGUUGUAAAUAAGCUAAUACAAAAUAAUAAUCCAGUGUUCUGGCCGUUCUUAAUGAAUACUAAUGAGCCAAGAUUCAAUCGAUCAUUAGGUAGAUGAAAUAAAAGAAAGAAAAAAAAAAGAAAAAGAAUAAUUUGAUGAAAGCAAUUUCAUUGUAUAACUUUAUUAAGAUAUCAACUUUACUAACUUACAUCAUUAUUCUUUUAAAACUUUGACAUAACUAGCAUUCAGAUGAUUUAUAUUAUCUUCCAGAGAAAAUCUUCAUAAUAAUAACGAUAAUAAUAAAAUUAAUAACGAUAAUAAUACGCAAUUUUUCAACUAAAUAAAUUCCUUCUAUAAAGUUUUGCUUUAUUGCAAUAUUAACAUUAAUAAUUGGAAAUUUAUUACUAAUAUAGUUAUUACAUAGACAUGGCACUGCCUCGAUGCAUUCAUAAUCCCAUUUAAGUAGUCUUGAGUUUAAAUAACAGUUUGUUCCAUAGUUAGUACCGUGAUAUGAUGAAUGCUUUUUUAUGAGAUGAUUAGAUGAUAUUAACUAUUAUUCACUUCCUAAAAUUUAAUAUCUUAAAAAUAUUUAUUAAUCUUCAUAUUAUAGCUAUUAUUUAUUUAAUGAACUGAGCUGAUAUACGAAAUGCUAAUUCAAUAAUAUUUUAUUGUAUUACUAUCAAGCUAGAAUCUAAGUCUAUAAUAUAUUGACGAUUUACAAUCACAUAUCAUUUAUGGAGUCUUGUAGCGCAAUAUUUAUGAUUGAGCAAAGAAGAAUUCAAGUCAUGAGUCAUUUCGUCAUAUUGAAAAUGUUUACUGACGUAGAAACAAAAAUAAAAAAAAAAAAAUUUUAACUUUUGAGACUGAAUUGUAAUGUGAGUGUAUUAAGUUUGGCACAUGGCAAAAAAAAAAAAAAAAACUUGUAUGGCUAUAGUGUACAGGAGAUGCUUUUCGAGUUUGUAAACUAGGACAUCAAAUAAGCUACAUGUUGGAUAAAUUAAUGUUGGAUAUUUUGAUUGUUUAAUUCACUGUUGGUGCUAAACAGUCGUAUUUGUUACCAAUAUAUGACUUUAAUUUUAUUAAUGUAAAAACAUUAUCCUAUUGCGAUAGAAUGUAUAAAUUAUAUUAUUAUUUCGAGUAGAUGAAAUAUGACGUUCCUACAAUAGUAAAUUACAUAAUAAACAAGAGCAUAGAGUAUUUUAUUUACUAAUGAAUUGUAAUUUAUACAAUUGAGUAACUGCGAAAAACAAAACAACGCGAGACUGUUUGUUUGUGAUGUUGAGUAUUUUCUUAAAGUCUCAUCUACAUAAUAAUUACCAAACGUGAACCCCAACCAUACAAUUGAUGAGAUAGAAAAUACUAAAUUCUAUUUGAGAUGCUCGAACUUAUGGUAACGUCCAACGAAUUAUGAUGAAUAAUGGAUAAAAGUGAUAAAAAGAAAAAAACAAAAUGAAAGAAAAUAACAAAAAAAAAAAAAAAAAUGUUCUUUAUUAUUGUUCUAUAGUUGAGGGCAGUGCAUUUUACAUUGUAUAUUACUAUAAAUUUUUUGUAGACAAAGUUCAUAUACAGAAAAAAAUUCAGUUGAAAAUAUUGUAAUUUUUACUGAAUUUCAAACAAACUGAAAAUUACACUUUAAGAAGAAAAUAAUUGUUCUUCAACUUGUUCUUCAGUUUAUUAUGAAUGAAGUGAAAAUUUACCAAGAUUUUUGACUUCUUUUUCUCUGUAUAUAUAGGGUAAACGGCCCUUAUACCGUUUGCUCAUUUUUCAACUUCUCAUAAAAUUUCUUUUUCUAAUAUCUAUACUUAGAUUUAAUAGGAUAGAACAAAGUGCUUAAAAGUUGACUGAGAUCGAGUUAUAAAAUAUGCACGUGUAGAUGAUAGAAUAUCAAUAAUAAAAUAUUACAUAAUGUGAUAAACUUAUGGUGAUCUAAGAAAGUAUUUAUGUGGCUCUGAUACUUGGAAAUAAAGUAAAUUCGUACAGCCAAGUAAUUGCAACAUCAACUAUUCAUUUAUUUAUUAUAUUAAUUUUUGUUGAUUCACUUUGUACUUAAAUUCUCUUUAAUUAUGUUUAAAUUUUUCUUAAUAGAAUAUUGUAAAAUAUUUUUAUUGUGUAGUUGAAAAGUUGUUAUUUGUUGAAUGAGCAGUAUUAUAAAAGUAUCCUAUUUUAUGUCAAGAGCUUCAUAUUUGUAAAAAAAAAAAAAACUUAACAAGUUGAAGAAUUUUUGUUGCAUAAAUAUGUUACAAAUGUUGCAUAGUUUUAUGAUAUUUUCAGAAAAUUUACAUUAAAAGUUUUCAAUUAUUUAUAUUUAUAAAUUUAACGUAUUGAACAUGAUUAGUGAUUGACAACACUAGUUAUUUAUUUCUAGAAAAUUAUUUAAUACAUCAUAGUUACAGCCACUUAUCUGCUUUUUUCCGAAUACGAUAUUGUUAAAUUAUAAAAAGUAUUAAAAAAUAUUUCUAUAUAUAGUACAAACGUGAAUAAUGAAACUAUUGGUUUUCAAUUACAAUGUGAUCAUUAAAUGCAGUAACUACUGAGCACAUAAGUGUUCACUUUUAUUCUAUUCAAACUUAAUGAUAUCUCAUUUCUUUUCUAGUAUAAAAACCUAGUGAAUUUAAUGGUAACACUUGGUUACUCAAGAGCUCAGCAAUUUUACCGUAAUGAUUUUCAAUCACUAAUCAUCUUCUUUUUGCUUUGUUAAGAGUUAACAUAUUGCAGCAAUUGUGUUUAAUGUUUAAAAUAAAUAUACGUAAUUUGUUUACAUUUAUUUAUUCUUUAGAAUUGUUUUUAUUGGACAUGAAAAGUAAAAUAUAUUAAAUCUUUGCCAUGAUUUUAGUGUUAAUUACAAAAAACUGUAUGAAAUUCAUUUUAUUAAAGAAUAAUAAGCAGGAAGAUUUUAGGGAGCAGAAUUCAUAAACUUUUUGUGAUAUUUGAUACUUGUGACUUUUGAAUGUCUCAAGAUUGAAAA